AUGGCUCCCACAAACAAGAGAAAGGCCUCGAACAGACCUCAAUUCUGGGUGACUGAGGAGUACCGGGAAGAUCUCUCCAAGGGCCCCAUGCUCCGGUUCGAGGACUCCUUACCCAGACUACCGGUCCCUUCUCUCGAAGAAACCUCCGCCCGUUACCUCAAAAGCCUACACCCUCUCCUGACCAAGGACGAGUACGCAGCCUCCGAAAAGGCCGUGGCUGCCUUCAACAAGCCGGGUGGGAUCGGCCAGAAACUGCAGGAGAGGUUAAUAGCAAAAGCGCAAGAUCCCAAUGUCAAGAACUGGAUAAUUGACUGGUGGAACGAAUCCGCCUACCUGGGAUACCGUGAUCCUGUGGUGCCCUAUGUCUCUUACUUCUACUCCUUCCGGGAUGACCGCCGAAGAAGAAACCCUGCCAAACGUGCUGCCGCCAUAACAACCGCGGCCUUGGAGUUUAAGAGACAAGUCGAUGAGAAGAGCCUGGAACCCGAAUAUAUGCGCAAGAAGCCCAUGGCUAUGAGCAGCUACGAGUACAUGUUCAACACCUCCCGAGUCGCCGCCAUGCCCAGUGACUAUCCCAUCCAAUACCCCGCCGAAGGCAACGAGCACAUCAUUGUCAUGCGAAAUAACCAGUUCUGGAAGAUCCAGACUCACGUAUCCGGCAAGCAGCUCAAUACCUCCGAGCUCGAACUCCAGUUCAACAAGGUCUACAAGAAUGCCCAGUUGGCCGACCCCGUCGGCGCCAUCACUUCAUUCCCUCGCGACCAAGGCGCAAAAGCCCGUGAAAACCUCCUUGCCGCGUCCCCGCUGAACGAGGCAGUCCUCAAAGAAAUCGAAUCUUCAUCCUUUUUCGUGUGCUUAGAUUCCAGCAUGCCCGUCACCCUCGAAGAACGGGCGCACAUCUACUGGCACGGCGAUGGCUCAAACCGAUGGUACGACAAGCCGGUUCAAUUCAUCAUUAACGACAACGGCACAGCCGGCUUCAUGGGUGAACAUUCCAUGAUGGAUGGCACGCCGACCCACCGUCUUUGCGACACGGUCAACGCCUUAAUCACCCAUAAUAAACUCGACUUCGACAAUCCGACAGUCCGCUCCGACCUGCCCGACCCGGUUGCCCUGAAGUUUGAAACCUCGGCGGCCGUGCUUGACGACCUGGCCAGCGCGCAGGCCCAGUUCCGUCAAGUGAUUGCUUCCCAUGAUCUCCGCGUGCAAGCAUACCAAGGCUACGGCAAGGGACUGAUCAAGAAGUUCAAAUGCUCUCCGGACGCGUAUGUGCAGAUGGUCAUCCAGCUCGCCUACCACAAGAUGUACGGCAAGAACCGACCGACAUACGAGUCCGCCGCAACGCGGAAGUAUCAACAAGGCCGAACAGAAACCACUCGCUCGGUCUCGGACGAGAGCGUCGCUUUCUGCAACGCCAUGGCCGACCCCUCCGUUGCCCGCGAGGAAUGCGAACGUCUCUUCCGCGCCGCUGUUCAAGCGCAUGUCCAAUACACCGCUGAUGCCAGCGACGGGUAUGGCGUGGAUCGUCAUCUAUUCGGGUUGAAGAAACUCAUUCAGCCCGGCGAGGAGACGCCUGAAGUCUUCACCGAUCCGGCAUAUGCCUACUCGAGCACCUGGUAUAUCUCGAGCAGUCAGUUGAGUUCAGAGUACUUUAACGGCUACGGGUGGAGUCAAGUCAUAGACCAAGGAUGGGGGAUUGCUUAUAUGAUUAAUGAGAACAGUCUACAAUUCAACAUUGUCUCCAAGAAACUCGGCUGUGAGCGGAUGAGUUUCUACCUCAACGAGGCGGCCAACGAUGUCAGGGAUAUGCUCCUCCCCGGCAUGGAGACGCCGAAGGCCAAGUUGUAA